GCCGGGCGCCGCAGACCCGGGCCCCUGCGCUCGUCGGGGCCGCGAGCUCUGGCCAUGUCCUGGCGGCGCACGGCGCUGGCGGCGACGCAGCUGUUCCGGAGCGGGCGCGGCGCGGCGCGGAGCCUCGCCGGGGAGGCGGGAGCCGGGAUGGGAAGCAGCAUAUCGUCCUCCUUGGAGAAGUCAGCAGCUGCUCCCGUGAACCAGAUCCAGGAAACAAUUUCUGAUAACUGCGUGGUGAUUUUCUCGAAAACAACCUGUUCUUACUGUACAAUGGCCAAGAAGCUUUUCCGAGACAUGAAUGUUAACUGUAAAGUGGUGGAGCUGGACACGCUCGAGUCCGGAAGCCAGCUUCAAGAUGCCCUCUACAGGAUGACCGGUGAAAGGACAGUUCCAAGAAUAUUUGUCAACGGAACUUUUAUUGGAGGUGCAACUGACACUCAUAGACUUCACAAAGAAGGGAAAUUGCUGCCGCUAGUCCAUCAGUGUUAUUUAAAAAAAAAGUAAGAGGAAAGAAUUUCAGCCAUGCGCUCUUACUUUUGUUAGUAAAAUAUGUUAUUUAACAUGAUUGUACCUAAUCAUGCUUUUUAAAUGUCUGAGGGUGUUUUAAAUAUGCAGGUUAUCUUCAUGAAGAGUAAAAAUAAUGAACAAUAAAUUGCCCUGGAAGCCUCA